AAAUUCGGCUCCCUCGUAACCAGUGGCCAAAUAUAACUUCGCACUAGUUUUCACUACGUCGUGAACCGUGAUUAAGAUUUGUCCUCAGUUGAGUCUACGACGAUCCGCGAAUAACACAACAUCACAAUGGCUUCAGAUCUGAAAGACGUUGAGAUUGAGAAGGCGAAGUUUGUGUUCUCCGUCUACGAUUGGGAUGGCAGCGGUUCGAUCGACGCCUUCGACAUCGGCAAUGCUCUCCGUGCCCUGAACCUGAACCCAACCCUGGACACCAUCGGCAAGAUGGGUGGCACCAAGGCCCGCAAUGAGAAGCGAGUCAAGCUGGAGGAAUUCCUGCCAAUCUACGCCCAGGUCAAGAAGGACAAGGAACAGGGUGGAUACGAAGAUUUCCUCGAGUGUCUGAAGCUGUACGACAAAGAAGAAAACGGCACCAUGCUGUUGGCUGAACUGCAGCACAGCUUAUGCUCCCUGGGUGAGAAGCUGGCUGAUGAUGAACUCGAUGCUGUCUUCAAGGAUUGCAUGGACCCCGAGGAUGAGGAUGGCAUGGUUCCCUAUGCCCCGUUCCUGAAGAAGAUGAUGGACAACAUGAUUGUCAUCAACCACUAAAUUUUGACAACGAACACCUUCACUCAUUUAAAUUUACCACGCUAUAUGUAAGAGUAUUCCAUUUCUUCAGAGAUUGUGUAAUAAGUCAGCCUAAGAAUCAAAAUCGGCCUCUGAGACUCAGUUAACCAACAAAAGUGAAUAAUAAAGAAACAAAAUGGCAACAAGAAACAUUUCCCUCGGCUGCGAACGGCAAGAACAUAAUCAACAACAACAUAAAAAGGAGCAAUAUCAUAACGACAUCAGAGUGCAACGAAUGAUGGUUAUAUAACGACAUCCAACGUCUUUUUUGUGAAACUCAACUCAACAAAUUCGGGAAAACUGAGUCAUUUAUCAACAAGAAUAAGAAUAUAACAACCAACGACAGUCGAACAGCGACGAAAAGCAAAGAGCAGCGUUUUAUUUUUCUUGAAUCAAAAAUAAAUUCAUGCUACAACAACAGCACGUUAAACAAACAAAUAAAACAAACAAAUGUUAAUUUUUAAUGACAUCUAGUAUGGGAGCGGUUAUUAUUAAUUUCUUUUUUAAGUUUUUAAUAAAAGUAUAUGUAUAAAGAGAUUACACCAAAAAAAAGUUCUCUGGUAUA